AAUUGACAUUUGACAUUGAUUCUUAAUUCCGUAAAUUCAGAUAUUAUUACUUUGUUUAGUUAGUUCAUUUAGUUGUCAAUUUGUGAAAUUCACGUUCUGACGGACGCGUAACCGCGAGAGUGUUAAUUCGAAAUAUUUAUAUUGGGACAUUUUAUCAUGUAAGUGAUGAGUUGUACCGAAAAUGAAAGUGGACCUUUUGUCGUAUUCUUCCUACCAGCGGCUCUUGGGUGCUUGACCAUACUUUUGGCCCGGCGGUGGGCUUACUCACAGGUUAGCACUACUUCGUCUACUGCCGUCUCAAGACGGCGAAAAAUUAUAAAAGACCCGCUUGCAAAACGAACCUUACCGCCGAUAGCCUGUAAAAUGGUAGCUCCUGGUCCAAAGAAAGUUUCUGGAGGAACUAAAAAGGGAGCUGCAACACCUCUCAUGGAAGAUGAUGUAAGCAAUGGAAAACGGGUUAGAUCAAGACUAUCGCCAGCAAAAACUUCCCCAGCAACAGAUGUUAAGUUUACAGAGAGUCCUCUGCCACCAAAACACAUACCUUUUCCGUACAUACCACAAGAUGGAGAGCUACUCUUUGAAAUUAUGAACUUUGUGUUUACACUUGUAGCUAUGUGUUUACAAUUCUUGAACCUGUAUAGGACAAUGUGGUGGUUACCACACUCAUACACAACACAAGCUAUGAAUUUCUAUCUCAUUGACCCGCAUCUGGUUGCAUUUAUAGUGACAAUUAUAUGUAGAAGACUACUAUUAAGUAUAAGCCUCGCACUUCUUAAAUGCAUAUUAUCGCCUAAGAUGUUACCACAUGCUACAAUUGCAGCUAGGAUGUUUAUCCUGGGUGUAGUUUUGGGUGCACUGUCAUGGUGUACUUAUUUCAUAAUGCUCAAAUAUCCACUUGUCAAGAUUUUUUAUCUUUGUUAUCCGGCAGUGAUAUACUUUAUAUGCUUCGGAAUAAACUCUACUCCAUUUCUUGAACUGCACAACACAGAGACUCCUCUUAUGCACAGUUGUUCUCAUGAACCAGAACAAAUACGGUCUGAAGUGGAAGUUUUGAGACAAGACUUUAAUAUGAGGGUCAAGAAAAUUCUUUUCAAUUCAAUACUUGGAGCAUAUUAUACCAGUUUUGUUCCAUGUUGUUUUGCUCAGUCGUACUUGCAAUACGACAGCGCGGGUGCGGCACAACAGGUGGGACUGGUGUGGGGCGCGCUGUGCGGUCGCUACGCGGCGCACCUGCUGCCCGCCGCGCUCACGGACGCGCCGCACCGCGCUGCCCGUCACCUCGGCCGCUGGCAGCCGCUCACCGUGUCGGGCGACGUGAGCGACAUCCCGGCGUGGUCGGGCACGCGCGUGUGGGGGCGCGGCGCGCGCGUGCGCGUGUCGCAGGCCGUGUACUGCGCCGCCGCGCCCGCCGUGGCCGCCAACCCCACCGACGUGCACCACAUACGUUUCUAUUCUGUGUUCAGCAAUCCAUCAAAGCUGUUGUGUUUGCUACUGUGCCUGCAGCUCUCACUAGUUGCCAUGCAACUAUGUCUAUUAUUUAGUUCAUUCGCAUGGCAUAAUUUUAUAGCCAUUGUUAUAUUACUAUUUAUAAAUUAUUAUACACUAUUCAAAAUGGUUCGAGACUAUCUCGUCGCGUGGAAAGUGUAUAAGGCGGAAAACAUGAUACAGGACAAGAAUGCAACGUUACAAGUUAAUUAGUGAGAAAAUUAAUACUUAGUAUCUCUGCACACAUUUAUAAUCAGUUUGUUCAGUAUAAAAAUAACAGUAAAAUAUACCUAUCUUUAACUAUAUUGUACAGAUAACAAAUGAAAUCAUAUAUAUCUUACAGUACUACAUCACCACAUCUAAUUAUUUUUUUUUAAUAAACUAAUAUGUAUUUCAUCGUAAAUAAAAAGGUAAUAAUAUCUAUUCAAAUAUUUUAAUCUAGUCAGAUAUUAGUCUUUGGUUUUAAAAAAAGGAUAUUAAAUAUUCAAUGUGCAUAUAACCCAUACAACUAAUGUGGAGAAGUAAUAUUUUGUAAUGGUAAUUAGACACAUUUCGCAUAAUGUAACUUUGCCGCUCUGAAGUAAGUAACAAUUAUACAUCGCAGUAAGUCAACGUUACAAGUACUUACAAAACAUGUUGCCUUGCGCGUAGAAUCUCAACGCUUGUUUACGUUCAAUGUUUGCUGUCUACUGCUCAACACGUUACAAUUUUUCAAUAUUACGCGUUUUUGCUACGAUUCCGAAAUCGAACCUGAGGAGCAUUAAGGUUAAACAGACUUGACAAGUGACUUAGCACAGGCGCAUAUAAAGAUAACGUUUUUAAAAGGAUUCUUAACAGUAUUCAUAACUAAUUAUUAUUAAUAAAUACUUAUUGAUAUUAUGACCGUUUAAUUUAACUUUGGAAAGUGACCACUGCAUACAUUUCAAAUCAAUAUGGAAACUUUUUUAUAGGAAUCGGUUAUUAAUUGCCUUAUUUAUUAAAAAUAUAACAUUUAUUUUCGACAUCAUUUGCCUUAGAAAGCGUUCGAACUAUACAGUACUUAAAAGUUAAAAACUUAAACUUGUUAAGAUUAGGUCAAUUGUAACAAUAAAUUUAUUUAACGCGAGCGCUGUGGUUAUAUUAAAUAUUAUACUCCUUGUACCAAACUGAAAUUACGUAAAUGAUUUGAAGGCGGCAUUCACGUUCAUGUCGAGUUCAUAUUACAAAGUUAUUUUAUAAUAACCGAUUCAGAGCUACAAGCCGUUUUUAUUACAUUAAUUUUUUAAAUAAUACACGCACUUGAAAUUUCUUGGGGUUAUAUGAUCUCAUUAAUGUAAUUGAAAAACUAUAAAAUAAGUCGUCUAAUUAUAAUUUGUGAAUUGUGUAAACAUUAAAGUAUUUGUGCAAAAUACUUAUUUAUUUUAAGCAUUCGUAAUGAAAUAUUAUAUUAAAAUAUUGGUAAGGCUGUCUUAAUAUCAUACCAAGCUAUUUUGUUGAAAAUCUCCUAUUUAUUGCAAAAUGUGUGUUGGAGAUAUAAUAUAUUCCUUUGUAUUAUAAAAAAUAUAAUUAAACCUAACGAAACAGAACAAAAUAUAUAACUUACUUGCAA